GACGGCGAUAUGUCCGCGACUCCAAGACAUCUUGGCCGCGUAUCUCCUCAGUCGCGCCGCGACGCCGACACAAGACGCCGCCACCGCCGCCGCCGACGCGAGUGCACACACACACACACACACGUACACACGUACACACGCGCGCGCUCAGUUCGCCGCGCUCGCAUACAGCCGACGUUUUUCCGGCCCGGCGUCUUGAGACGUCGCUCAGUCUCAAGACUACUCCGGCGUCGCGAACACCUUAGGUGCCCGACUCCCGACUUAUAGGCUCGUACACGCAUACAUCUCAUCGGCGACACUACACUAUAUUAUAUCUUCCGCGAUAAUAUACCGCAAGUGUCGCUAUAUAAAACGCAGAUCGCAAUAUUUCUCCGUUUUACUAUUAUAUACGAUUCGAAAGAUAAAAAUUACGUUUUCUCUUUUCGCAUUCGUGUGUAAUCGUCGUACAAAUCGAGUGAAUCGCUGCUUCCGGACGGAUUUUACGCGCGUCAUGUGCAGCAGCCACCACUGCUUUUACUACGGCUACCACUUCCGCUGCCACCACUGCGUUUGACAACCGGUCGUUCGGACGCUACGCGAGCGAAUAGAGCAGAACAAUAAAUAUCAUCGAAUUGUUUCACAUCAGUCAAGACGAUCUCUUCGGUCCCGCUGGAUCUUCGCGCCUCGCCCGGCCACGAACACCUGCAGGGCGACGACGACGACGAAAUGUCGGCGGACAUACAGCAGCAACAGCAGUCCGUGUUGUUGCAAAGGCCGGUGUUCAAGAUGAACCCGGCAGCGGAUUUUUGGCAGCAGCAGCGGCAACAGUACCAGCAGCAGCAACAACUCCAGCAGCAGCAGCAGCAGCAACAGCAACAGCAGCAGCAGCAACAACAGCAGCAACAGCAACAGCAGCAGCAGCAACAGCAGCAGCAGCAGCAAGCGGUCGACUCUUCGCCGUCGCCGCAACCUCAGGCGGCGCCACCGCCGCCCACGCUGCAAGUCAACCAUGACCAACAGCAAGUGCCGUCGUCCCUCGUCGUAGUCGGACAACAACAACCACAGCAGCAGACGUCGAACAACGUACAGGUGACGGCCGACGAGGCGAUCGCCAUGGUCGCUCAACAAGUCGCACAACACCAACAACGACAGCAGCAACAACAACAACAACAACAAACGCAAAACUCCGAGAUGGCCGACGACGCGGACGUGAUCGUCGGACAACCGUCGCCGGCGGCCAUCCGCGCGGCCGUCCAGCAACAGCAGCAGCAGGACUCGGCGUCAGCCGUCGGACUGGCCGGACAACCGACGGUCCCCGGCGGCGACCCGUCCGUGUCCGUCGUCAUCAACCAGAACAAUUCGCUAGUGCUGAGCGACCCGAAAAUGAUGACCGAAAAAUUGGUCAGCGAACUACAGAACCGAUCGAUAUCAGACCGCACUCUUGAAGAAUGCUGGUCCACUCUUCAGCGAGUCAGCUGGAACGUCUUUCGUUCAAUAUUCAUGCAAAAGUCAGCGGCCAUGCAGAUGCAGGCUCGCGACUUCGGCCGACCCGGCAGCAUCGGUGGUAGUUCGCUAAGUGGCAGCGGCCUGGAAGUGAGUAAACCGCACCAGUGCCAACAGUGUCUCAAGUCGUUCAGCUCCAACCAUCAGCUGGUCCAGCACAUUCGCGUCCACACCGGCGAGAAGCCGUACAAGUGUUCCUACUGCGAGCGCCGAUUCAAACAGCUCAGCCACGUCCAACAACACACCAGACUACACACAGGAGAACGACCUUACAGAUGCCAUUUGGCCGAGUGCGGACGAGCUUUCAUACAGCUGUCCAAUCUGCAACAACAUCUCCGCAACCACGACGCCCAAGUGGAGAGGGCCAAAAACCGGCCGUUCCACUGCACCAUCUGUGGCAAAGGUUUCGCCACCGAGUCCAGUCUGCGCACCCACACGGCCAAGGAACAUUUUUUUUAUUUUCAGGAAGCUGAACUUCGCAUGGAUGUGCUCCAACAACACGCCGCCUUGAUGGGCGGUGCGAGUACUACGUCUUGUCCGCUGUGCCAUAAACUGUUCCUAGGUAGCGAGUCACUGGUCGAACACAUGAAAGUCCAUCACAACGAUCCGACCACCGUGUCGCAAGCCGUCGUUCAAAGUUACUCUGAUAUCGGUACUGGUCCGUAUAUGGCCAAACGCCGAACGGCCAAUCACCCGUGCCCGGUGUGUGGUAAACACUACGUGAAUGAAGGAAGUCUCCGCAAACAUUUGGCUUGCCACCCGGAAACAGCACAGUACGCCCAACUCAGGAUGUGGCCGUGUUCUGUUUGUCAAGCCGUAUUCACUCACGAAUCAGGCCUGUUGACACACAUGGAACACAUGCGCAUGGAUCCCAAACAUCAGUUCGCCGCUCAGUACGUGCUGAGCAGAGCGGCGGCCGAGCGCAGGGAACGGGAAAACUUCCUGGCCGCCGUGACGGCCACCAACAGCAUGGGCGGUCCCGCGUCGCCUCAUUCCGUCCACUCGGAUUCGUCUUCGUCGAACAACGGCGAGAUGGACGGUCCCAGUGGAGCUGGUUCCACGGGUUCGGUGGGCACUGGUACCAAUAACUCCGUGGUCGCCGCGGUGGCCGCGGCCGCGGCGGCGGCUGCGGCAGGCGGUAACGUCGUCGUUCCCACGGGCGGCCGGCUGUCCGUCUCGCCGGCCGACAAUCAAAUACCGUUGGUGUUGCACCACAACAACAACAACACGACGACAAACAACAACAAUAACAACAACAACAACAAUCCUACGGCCAUGAAGUUGGCCGAGCUAAUGGCAGCACGGACCGGAGGCAUGAUAAGUGGUAACGGAGGUCACCAGUACAUGAACCAACAACCCCAGUACAACGCCAACGACCUACAGCGGGCUGCCGCACUGUUCAUGAGCCAACAGCAGGCUCAUGCGGCUGUUUCGCAGGUUCAACAGCAACAGCAGCAGCAACAACAGCAACAGCAACAGCAGCAACAGCAACAGCAGCAACAACAACAGCAGCAACAGCAACAACAGCAACUCCAGCAGAACCCGCCGUCGCCAUCGCACUCACCGCGAUCUGCGCCUCCGACCCCAGCGUCCGUGGUGCAAGCGGCCGCGGCCAACCUCGCUGCGGCAGCCAUGCGCAUCACCCAGUCGAAUGCCAUGCACCAAAAUCCGUUGGUCACGACUUCCAGUGGUUCCGGUUCAAACUCGUCAGUAAACUCUAUGCAAUCGGCCGUCCAGAUGGCCAUGAACGCGGCCGUCCGGGCUUCCAUGUCGUCCAUGGUGGAUGGCCUCGGUGGCGGACACCACCAACAGUCCGGCCAUCAGUCCAUGCUCCACCACCACCAACAGUCCAACCACGAGCAGAGCUCACCCACGUUGCGCAUGCAGGAGGCCAUACUCAGGUCUCAGGCGGAGGCGGCGCUCAGGUUGGCCGUCUCGCAAGCCGUGGCCGCUUCGUCCGGCCAACAGCAGGCGCCCGAACUGCAGAACCGACAGUCUUCGGUGCAACAGCAGAAUGCGCAUCAGCCGCAGCAGAACGUAGCGAUUAACUACAACGCCAUGGCGCAGGGGCAGCUGAUGAACGGACAGAACCCUUACCACCACCAGGGGCAAGUGUCGCCCGACCUCUCGGAGGCGCUCAGGCUCCAGGAACAGCGGCUCGAACAGGCGCUAAGGCUGCACGGUGGUGACCCGAGGGCUCUGGGCUUCACUUUUGGUAACACCCAACAGGGUCACAUCAACCCAUGAGAGUUCAGUUACUAUUAACGACGAGAGGACCUCUAAACUACCCUCCCCUCGGCCGUCUCACGUCCACCAAAUCCACUCCCUCCACCGUCACCACUGGCUACUGGCCCACUAUUUUGUUAUUAUACGCUAUUAUACAACUGUUGUCUCAUCCACAAACACCCGCCGCCACCACCACCACAUCCAUCUCCCAAAGCUCAACGGCGGACCUGCUGCAGCGCGCGCACAUGAUUAUUUAUUAUUAUUGUAUUUACGAUAUUUAUUUACUAUUAUAACCAUACUAUUAUAUUAAUUACUAGGCGUAUUACUUUACUCAAUAUUAUUAUUAUUAUCAUCAUAAGAAUAAUAAUUUUAUUUUUACCAAAACGAUAAUAAUUGUCCCACUGAAAGACACGUUCUCGUCGUCGUCGUCGUCGACCGUGUCAUGAGCACUUACUUCGACGACGACUUGUGUGUCGACUUUGUAAAUAAUUGUACAUACUUUAAUUAAUAUUACGUAAUUGCGAUUUUAAAAAUUAACUGUUUUUUAAAAAACGUCGUUUAGCAAAUUUUUGUUGUACAGUCAUGUAUAAUAUUUGUGGUUUUUUACGUGAGUUGUGUAAAAACAAAAUACAUUUAAAUCGAUAAAUCCAAUUUAUACGGAUCGCUCUACGAUUGAUCCGAAUAACGUAUAAUAUAAAGCAACAUUUAGGUUCCGAAAAUAUUAUUAUUUACUUAUAAACAUUCAAAUCAUUUUUACUGUUAAUUUAUAUUUAUUUUAGUUUUAAUUUUCAUCCAAGGGGUUUUUGCAAUUUUAAUUUAUUCGGUGUUUAAAUAGUUUUUUUUUUUAGUAAAAAUAAACUCAUUAUUCACUUGGUUUACUUAAUUUUAAUACGAUUAUUAUCAUGUAAUAUUAUUUCUACGGUAAGGAAUUUCUUAUGAAAUAACACAUUUAUAAUUUAUAUGACUCCCAGACGUGUCGUAGGGUAGAUCACACAUAUGCAAAUUACCCCCAUCAAAAGCAUCUUGUACGAAAAAAUAUUUUCGGAGACUUAAGCUUAGGAAAUAAACACCGUGUAAUAAUAAUUAGCAUGUAAAUAAAAUGAAAAACAUACUCUCACAAAUACACUGCAUUUUCCUCCCUCAACAUUGAAUUUCUUAUGACAACACGACAGAGCGCGCAAUCUUGUACAUAAUAAUAAUAUGAUAGUGAUAAUAGUAGAACAGACAUUUUUAUUUUAUUUAUUUACUUGUAAAUACAAUGAAAAAAAAUUGAAAAAAACAAAAUAUUUUCUGAAUAGCCAACCCUGUACAUAAUAAUGUAAUAAUUAAAUAAUAAAAUGGUAACGAUGUUUUACGAAAUAUCAGACCCUAGUUCUCUCCCCCGCGUAUGGCGCUUACAACCCGUCCGGGUUAUACCUCCCAUACGUUCAUAUCACGAGGAUAACAAUACGAAUAUCAUCUUAUAUACAUAAAAAUGAUAGGCUCACCGUGUUUAUGUAGUCCGCGUGAAACCAAUGCAAAAAGCGGCUGUCGUGUUCUCUUCGUCAUUUUUCUGGAAUAUAUCGUUUUGCCGAACAAAAUUCGUUUGUAAUUCCUUUGAUUUUAUUUUUUUCCUCGUUCAAGUAUAAAAAUACAAAUACACGUGCGCUUAAUUCUUACCUCGAGAGUAGGGAGCAGGAGGACAAAAAUAUUAUAUUAUGUGAUUUUUUUAUUUGUUUAUAAUUAUUAUUAAUAUUAUUGUUUGUUUUUUUUUUACCCGUCAACAUGCCAAUCAAAACAAUCUCGUGCAAUAAAAUAAAGGAAAAAUACAAAUUCUAUUUUCGUUUAAUUCUCUGAGACGAACGAGCUGCGGUAUAUAAUAAUAUGUACACACAUAAACACAUACACCACAUACAACAAUAUUAUAAUACCACAUUAUAAUAUGUAAACGAGCGUACAUAAUAUAUUAUGAUUAUAUAAACCACACAUGUUUCUAUUAUAAUCUCUCAGUACCAUUUGACGGAUGACACAGAUACGAAAUUCAAACAAUAAUCAAACCGAUCAAUAGACAAAAAAUACGCGAUCGCGUCUCGAUUUCAGCUAUCGAUGUACGGCGGAACCUCUGCAGCGAACGAUUUUCCUGCAGACUCCGAGUAAAUCGCGUAUUUCACACACACACACACAAUAUAAAUAUAUAAUAUUUACAAUAGCCCAAAUACACGCUAUCGCUGUGUAUCACAGACACAAACACUCAUUAUGCAAGAUUUUCUCGCAGAUUUCAAUAUAAUAAUAUAUUCAUUUAGCGGAUAGGUCCGAAUACAAUAAUAAUAUAUGUACGCACCGCACUUAAUAUGAUAUUAUUUGCUGUGCGUAUUUACUAUAUUAUACAAUAGCCCAAACCGGAAAGUUUCCGGCCACACACACACACAUUAAGCCAUUGCUAGUAUAGUUCAAAAUUUCGGAUCGAAUGAUACUGAAAUGUUAUCGAAUUUUUGGUUUCACUUUCUCCAUGAUAUUAUUAUAUCCGUCCCCCGGCCGUCCACAACAACCGUUAUUCGUCGCUACGGUAAUUUUUAUGUACGCGAAUCCUAACGUUAUCGCAGGUCGCGACUCUAAUUAAGUACCUACCUAUUACUUAUACUUUCAUACAACCAUUACCGUACACGAGUACUACAGACACUUGUCGUUUUUCGGGGACGUCCGGCGCGGGACCCGAACGUGCAAUGGACCAAUAACAUCAUAAUAUAUACCCAGACGCAGAUUCGUCGAAUCUGUAUUUUUUUCUUUUAAUUGUUUAUUUAUUUUAAAACUGAUAAUCAGUUAUAAUCCGUUGGAUAUUAUUUAGCUAAUAGGUGUAAUACAAAUACAUAUAGUUCGUAGGAUACUUUUAGUGCCGUUUUAAAUACAAAUAAAUAAUACCAUAUUAUUAAUAACCAUAUAACGAUAACAUAAUAAUGAUAAUAAAUACAGUUUGAGAUAAAUAAAACGGUUCAAUGGUUAUUUCCCCCCCCCCUUUUUUUUUUUAUUAAGUUUUACUUUCAUCUUGAAUAUGUUUUUCAAUAUUUUAAUGUUGAUAGUCGAAUUCACUAUGUUAUACCUAUUUUUAUUUUUGUUUGAUUGAUAAUGAAUGUAAAUGCUCACUUUCAAAGUGAUUACCUUUAUUAUUAUUAUUUAUUAUUUUGUUUGUUGUUUUUUUUUUUUUUUACAAAAUAAUAUGUUUAAAUUUACAAAACUAUUUCGACCUAGUUUUAUAAUUAUUAUUGUUUAUUUUUCACCCGCUAUUUGUACACGUACCUACCUUAUUAUACGUUAACGUUUAUUUUUAUAAUUUUUUUUUUCAUGCCCAGUUGAGUUUUCAUUUUGCCGUUUUAUUUUAUCAGCUUUUAAUAAUAUUGCAAUUAACAAUUUAUAAAAGUAGUUUUAUCGUUAUAAUUUAGUUUUCCGUUUUUUGCUGACUAUGUUUAUGUUACAAUAGUUACAGUACACUACGACUUUUUUCAUUAUUAUUAUUAUUAUUAUUACUAUAACAAUAAUACAUUAUUACAUUUUCAAUAAUAUUACAUUAAUUACAUUACAUAAUAGUUACUGGAUUUAGACAGUGUUUUUUUUUUUUUAUGAAUGGAUGAAAUAUACACUAUAAACGUAGUUUGGAAUAUUAGUCUUACAAUAUUUGAAUAAGAAUAAUAAUAAUCAACAUACAUAUAAUAAUAGUACGGUUUUCAGUUUUACACACA